CAGGCAGGUGGGGUGGUGGCACGGUGGGGCACGGUGUCUAGUUGGCAGACACCUUGGAGACAGCGCCCGCAGCGAGUGGCAGAUAGUGAGAGAGAAACAGGAAAAUGCAGUAAUUAGAAAAAUACCUAGAUAUAAUUAUUUUUCUUAUCUUCAUGGGACUGCACGCUAAGCAAUAUAAUUCAGCGGGGGCUCUUUGCCUCACUACUUCGCAUUUCUAGGAAUAUUAGCUGAAAAUAAAGUAAGCCAUAUUACAAGAAUGUUUUCAAAGAACGGAUAAAGGAUAUGCCUGGAAAAAUACGCCUUUAAUGUAUAGUUUGUAUAACCAAAGUUCCGAUCUUAUAUAUUUUUUAAAUGGGUAAUUAAUGUAUCUAUUCCACUGUGGCAACCAUUAGGCCUCGGGCACGUGUGUGUGUGUGUGUGUGUGUGCUAGAGAGUGUGUUUAGAAUGCGAGCAAGGGAGAAGGAGAUAGAAGACAAAAAGAGAGCGAUGCUAAACACUUGGCUGUGCCACUACAGAUGCUUCAGUUGUUGCCUCAUUUAUGCGCACUGUUUAAGGUGAACAUAACCAAAUCAAUAAUCAUGCCAUGAGACAGUAGUUAUGCCAAGUCCUAAAAAGUAAUACAACCAAACUUCUGGAAGGCCAAUCAAAGUAGUCGACACCUUGGGACUCAGUAUUGUCUACGUUUUACACCUUUACAUAACCGAAAUUACUCCCUGAAAAUUCCAAGAUGUAUCGAAAGAAUAAACGCAGCAUGUCGUGGGAGAUGCAACGCGAUCUCUACGAGAGCUGGCUGAUCCUGGCCAUUGGCGCGCUGUUCCGCUGGAAUCGCUGGCGUCCCUUGACCUAUGCCAUCAUAUCGCCACUGGAUCCCUACUCUAAGUACAACUCUGCAACGGUUGGCGACAACGAACGCUGGGCGGGUGUCUACUUUGGAUGCGGUCUCCUCCUGGCCAUCCUGCAGUACCGUCCGCUUUGGGUGCGACGGUGUCGUCAUCCCGUGCGCAUCCUGAUGCUGCUGUGCGAGGUGAUGCUGCUGCUCCAGCUGGUGCACUGGCUCGAUGGCCAGCUGUGGCACUCGUUUCUGGGCAUCAUCGAGGAGCUCUUGCUCGCAUUGGGACGAGGUCAGUGGGGCUCCUGGAUCUUUCGCUGUCCGGCCGGAGUGCGCACUCUGCUCCUGCGUGGCGAUAUCUUCGAUGUGUUCCGCCUGCUCUCCUCGUUCGUCAUCUUUGUCGUUGCCCUUAACUCAACAGCUGGCGAAUGGAGGGUGUCCUUGGACUUUCUGCUGAUCGGCUGUUUGCCGAAAACUUCGCGCAGGCGGCGGUUACUCUAUGUGGACUAUAAGCAGAAGAGCUACGAGCGCAGAUGCAAUGGUCUGCCACCGAUUCCCCCACCCGAGCUCCUCAUCUACAGACGUAUGUGCCACCUGUGUCUGCAGCAACUGGAAACCAUACCAGAGAACUGCAGCAAGCCACCGGCACUCUAAGUGAAAGGGAACACCCAAGGAAAAGGUCGUGGCACAGGUGGUUGCGUUUUGAUGUUUCUAAUGUAUUAACAAUAAACCUUAAUCUUAUAUUUUA